UGACUGCAACAACAUAACCUCAAAAAUUGCCUCUGCAAGUAUUUCGCAGUAAAAGCAAAACAUUGCGUCAACAUUUGUUUGACUAACAUUUUAAUGUGUAAAAAUUGAAGGAAAUAAGACAAAUUAAAAAAGGAUUUAAAAAAGCGAAUUAAUGCUUUCAUCACUGUUUGUGUAGGGAGUUUAUAUUACUAGCCAAGAUGUUGAUUAAUUUGAAACUGGCGACACACGCAUUUCGAUAUGGCAGUCAACAUUGGAAAUUCGGAGUGCAAAACCAUUUUACUCAAUCGAUUCGAAAUCAAUCCAAUUUGUUUUCAAGGAAUACGCUUAGCCAACAGACAAAAAAUAUAAACCUAACAUGCCGUCGACCGUGGAAUGGAAACAGCCAGAUUUUGCGUCGUUUUGCCGAUGGAGGACCGAAAGCAACAGAUUCGAAUAAAGAAAAACUAGUCGGAAAAUGGUUGUUGGGAUGCAGUGGAAUGGUUUUUACAGCCGUUGUUUUAGGCGGAGUAACACGACUCACUGAAUCUGGCCUGUCGAUGGUUACGUGGAAACUGCUUGGCGAAAAUCUACCUCAUACUGAAGACGAAUGGAAAACAGAGUUUGAGAAAUAUAAACAUUUUCCCGAGUUUAAAAUAAAAAAUAAGGAGAUUUCACUGAAUGAGUUCAAAAUGAUUUGGUUCAUGGAGUAUGCACAUCGAACUUGGGGCCGAUUUAUUGGUGGAUUUUUUGCCCUACCUGCCGCAUAUUUUUGGUAUCGUGGCUACUUGAAAAAAGGAAUGAGACUGAAACUAUCCAUUUUUGGUGCAUUGAUUGGCAUUCAGGGUUUGAUGGGCUGGUACAUGGUUAAAUCAGGCCUAGAAGAUCGAUUCCAUAAGCCAGAAGACGUUCCACGUGUCUCUCAAUAUCGUUUGGCAGCGCAUUUAUCCUUAGCAUUUUUACUGUACACUGGAUUCUUGUGGUCUGCGCUCGAUCAUUUGAUUCCGGCUGAAACGUUGCCAUCACAUGGCGAAUUCCGGGCAAUCGCUUCAAAAGCGGCUCUUCGAUUCCGCGCUAUAGCACAUUCGACAAAAGGCCUCAUUUUCUUGACGGCUGUAUCAGGAGCGUUUGUUGCUGGACUCGAUGCAGGUCUCGUCUACAAUAGUUUUCCAAAAAUGGCCGACAAGUGGAUUCCAUCAGAUAUUUUAGCAUUUUCACCGACGAUCCGAAAUUUCACUGAGAAUCCAACUACCGUUCAAUUUGAUCACAGAAUUUUGGGCAUUUCAACAUUGGGAUUGAUUACGGGAUUGUAUUUUAUGUCGAAACGAGUGAAUUUGCCACGCCGUGCAUAUGCAGCCGCAACAGCGCUCGCUAUCAUGGGAUGGAUUCAAGUUGGACUUGGCAUUACCACGCUUCUUACCUAUGUACCCGUUCCCGUUGCAGCUACGCAUCAAUCAGGAUCAUUGAUUCUUUUGUCACUGGCAAUUUGGCUGACGCAUGAAUUGAAACUUUUAAAAUAUGUUCCCAAAUAGACGAAUCAAUUUACUUUGAAUAAAAUAAAUAGUAAAAUGUUCCUUUUAAAUCUAUU